AUGACCAAGCUGGACUCAAGCCCCCUCCUCCUGUCUGCAGUCACUGCUGCUAAACUCAGCCACAUCAACAUGGUGGGCCAGUUUGCAACCUUUAGUGGCUCCCCUGAUGUCCCACAUUCCUGGUUUCCCCCUCCUCCCAGGGACACCCCUCUUCCUCUGCCCUACCCUUCAGUUAUGACCCUCAUCCAGCUGGUCCUGGAUCAGGGCACAGGAUUCAGCAUUAGACAUGCACAUGGGCGCAAGCACACCUUUGACGAACGAAUCCGUGUUUAUCGCGCACUUGCUGCCUACCGGGCACCAGACUACCUCCCCCUGCAGCUGCGGCUCAGCCCCGCUGACCUUGGCUCCUGCCCGCCCUGUGGCCCCUGCCCCAUCCCGAAGCCGGCCGCCAGAGGCAGGCGCCAGAGCCAGGAGUGGGGCAAAAGUGAUGAUCGACUGCUACAGGCGGUGGAGAACGACGACGCUGCACGGGUGGCCACUCUCAUCACCCGCAAGGGGCUGGUGCCCACGAAGCUGGACCCCGAGGGCAAGUCCGCAUUCCACCUGGCUGCCAUGCGGGGAGCAGCCAGCUGCCUAGAGGUGAUGCUGGCACAGGGCUCCAACGUCAUGAGCACCGAUGGGGCAGGUUACAAUGCCCUCCACCUGGCGGCCAAGUAUGGGCACCCACAGUGCUUGGAACAGCUGCUACAGGCGUCCUGCGUCGUGGAUAUCGUGGACAGCAGUGGAUGGACAGCCCUGCAUCAUGCNGCGGCUGGCGGUUGCAUUUCCUGCUCAGAAGUCCUUUGCUCUUUCAAGGCACAUCUGAGUCCCCGAGAUCGGUCAGGUACAACGCCCCUUAUCAUAGCCGCUCAGAUGUGUCACACAGAUCUGUGCCGCCUCCUCCUGCAGCAGGGGGCUGCCGCAAAUGACCAGGAUCUGCAGGGCAGGACAGCCCUGAUGCUGGCCUGUGAGGGGGCCAGCCCCGAAACAGUGGAGGUGCUGCUUCAGGGCGGGGCCCAGCCGGGCAUCACCGACGCCCUGGGCCAGGAUGCUGCCCACUACGGCGCCCUGGCGGGAGACAAACUCAUCCUGCACCUCCUGCAGGAGGCAGCUCAGCGCCCCUCACCACCCAGUGAGGAUGACUCGGGCGAGGCAUCAUCUCAGGUACAAGAGCUGCAGCAGCUGCUGGCGGAGAAGCAGGAAGAGAAGGAGAGCCUGGGACGCGAGGUGGAGAGUUUGCAGAGCAGGCUGUCCUUGCUGGAGAAUGAGCGGGAGAACACGAGCUAUGACGUGGCCACCCUGCAGGAUGAGGAAGGUGAAUUGUCUGACUUUCCAGGGGCUGAGGCUCUGCUCUCCAAACGGCUAAGCCCCUCGGCCCAGGAGCUCUUGGCCUCACUGCGGGAGCAAGUGGCUGCACUCACCAGACAAAACCAGGAGCUGAUGGAGAAGGUCCAGAUCCUGGAGAGCUUUGAGAAGGAUGAGAUGGAGGUAAACGGGUCAGCCGAGGUCAUCCCCCUGGCCCUCUAUGACUCUCUCCGGGCUGAGUUUGACCAGCUCCGCAGGCGGCACGCCGACGCCCUGCGGGCACUGGAGCGACAGGAAGUCCAGAGGGAGGCGUUAUUCAUGAAGAGUGAACGUCAUGCGGCCGAGGCCCAGCUGGCCACGGCAGAGCAGCAGCUGCGGGGGCUCCGCACCGAGGCCGAGCGGGCACGCCAGGCCCAGAGCCGCGCCCAGGAGGCCCUGGAUAUGGCCAAGGAAAAGGACAAGAAGAGCCCCGCUGGUGGCCACGAUAGUGAAGGGACCUCCUCAGCCGCCCCAGCCCCUGCUCAGCUCUCCACUGGCCCCGCCAACUUGGUGGGGGAGUCAUACCUGGGGAAGGAGAAGCUGGGGCUUUGA